AUGAAAACAAAUGAGGAACUUAUGCGAAAAGAGGAAGAAGAUAUAUCCAAAACGAUAGCCUUGUCCCUGGAGGAGUACCACGCCGCGCAGGGGAAGAAGAGCGAGAAGGAUGACUACCUCCCGGAGGAUGAAAACGACGAAAUGCUACAGGAAGCCAUUCGGCUGUCCAUCAUAGGAUGCAAGAAGAGCGAGAAGCAAGACAGCGUAGACACGAACGACUCCUACCGAGAUAUUGUAAAAAAAAAUUUCGACAAAAUUACAUACUACCUAUGUAACAGCCAUGAGUCAACCAAAAAUCAAAAUGAUGUAAUAGACAAUAAGCUAUUUUGGGAGGACAUUUACAAAAAUUAUAAAAAUAUUUACAUUAUUAUAAGGGACUAUAUGAUCAGUCUAAAUAGGAGGAAUGAAAAAAUGAAUGAGGAAUCUACAGAUUCUACCUCCAGCAGGGAAUACUACGACAGUGAUGACUCUAGUGAUUGCAGCAACAACUCUUCUUCCCUUUCUUGUUGCUCCCUGGAACAGAUAAAGAGAAGCUAUAAAAAUAUAAACUACACUACAAAGGAUUAUUGUAAGUGGUUGAGAAAAGGAAAUAGAAGCAAAUGUUUAAAUGAUCAUGUGUAUGUAAAUUAUUUGUUAAAAGAAAUGAAGCUACUUGAAGACACCACGAGGAUUCACAACUUAGUGUUCGGUGUUAAUAAUUAUAAGUACUCCAAUAAAUUGGACAUUAAAAAAUGGUGUAAUCAUAGCAUUUCAUUUUAUGAUAGCAAACAAAUAACCUUUGGGCUGAGGCAAUUUUUAAGUGGCCCCUGUGGACUCAUUUCCAGCGUCCAGGGGUACAUCAUCAUUAUUUUGCUUUUCAAUUAUAAGUACCAUUUUUUGUGGGAUAAUAACUACUUUAACAUUUUGAAGACCAAUGAGGAUUUUCUGAAUUUCACCAGUGGUAGUAGUGCCCCUGGGGUCUGUGGGAAUGCCUCCUCCCAGGGACAAGUCAGCAAGGCGAGAGGAGGGAGUGGUACCAGCACGGAGAGGGAUAAUUAUGAUAAGUCAAGGGAGAACCACUCCGGGGAGUGCAGCCAGGGCAGAGUUCCCCCCUGUGAUGAACACACAGCCGGGGGAACCGAACCCGCAACGCCCAAUGAGGAAGAACGAACGAACGGCGCUUCUCAACGGAUUGAUUACCAAACCAAGAGGGACAGCACCACCGUGGGGAGCGACAAAAACGGGGAGGGGCACCCGAAGGGGGGGAGCUGGGGCAUGAGCAGCAGCGACGAACGGGGGGGCGGCAACGCGGACAGGGGUAGUGACAUGGGCAGUGGAGACGGUCUAGGCGGUCUAGGCGGCCUAGGCGAUCGAAACUCGUGGAAAACAGACACGCAGGAGAACGCACGAAAGGGAGAGACCAGCAAAGAACGGGCUCACACCAAAGGAGACGACGAGGAGGACGAUUACGAUCACGAGUUUGUGCAACUAGUUAGAGACAACAUAAAGGAUUUAAAAUACUACUCAUUAGUAGAAUCCAUGGCGUAUAUUCUAUACCAGUGCACGGACAAGUCGUAUUACAUCAUAGCGUUUCUUCUCCCCGAAUGUUACGACUUUUCCUACUACAUGAACAGGAGAAGCUCAGAUGAAGACAUGAUAAGGGAUUUAAAAAAGAUAAACAUUUACUACAAAGAGUUUAGCAGCAUAAAGGACGUAAUAAAGUUCUACUUGGAGCACUUCAUAAUUUUUUCGAGCUCAACUGGAGCUAUCUCCUUCUUAUACUCUGUAAUUCUAACAAGGGGAAUGAACAACAUUAUGAAUGAUAUGGAUGACGUGAACCACCCGUUGAUUGGCAUUUAUGGCCACUGCUCGCAGGAGUUGGUUAAUCUGCUUCUCACGGGGAGGGCCUGCUCCAAUGUGUUUGAUAAUAAUAGUAUUAUAAAUACGUUCCCGCAGGUGGACGAGGAUGUGAGCGGUGCUUUGCUGUUUGACGGGGGAGGCAGACGCGGUAGUAACAGUGGCAGCAGUUUGGGAGGCACCUUUGGGGGUAUUUUCCCGGGAGGUACCACCAUCCCCCCGUUUGCAUCCCCCACCAGUGACGCAAGGCACAGCACGAAGAGCUGGAAUGGUGGCGGUGGGAUUGGCGGUAGUGGCGGGAGUGGCAUCACCCCGCAGCUCUCCCCGGGGAUGAACAAAAACAACAUCAUACUCAAGGGAAUCAAUAAGAGGCCGCUGAUCGGCCUGCUGACCGAUUUUGAAGCCUUCAAGUAUUGCGAAGUGGGCAGUUUCUACAAGUACCCCAUCUACCCCAUAUGGGUGAUCAGCAGCUCCAACCACUACACCGUCUUGUUUUCCCUAAACAUUAAUAAUUCAAAAUGCACGAGCGAGGAAUUAUUUUUGACGAAACUAAACAAGGUGUGGAAUAAAUAUGACAAGGAAAAUAACAAAUACAUUUUGUCCCAUUUCAUUCCUCAGUUUAUACAAGAUUUAAAUUUGAAGGAGGAAUAUAAAAAUAUGUUUGAUGGCUUUGUGAGUGACUUGGACAUUUUGCUAUACUCCGAGUUUAAGGCCUUUUAUUUACAGCUAAAACAGAAUGAUAUUAACAAGCUUAAGAAUUCGGACCCCCCAAAGGAGAAGUACUUCUACCUCUACGAUGCUCAAGAAACGCCGGAUAAAUCCAUCAACUAUUUUUUGCUUAAAGAAGUGGACUAUGAUGUUACGCAUGAUAACCACUUGAAGUUUUUUAACACACGCUGGCCAAACAACACCGUCGAAAUUUUGAACAAUGUCAAGAGGCCCUCCAAGCAUAAGUAUGCCUGUUAG